AUGGAGAGUCCGUCUCUGAUUGGUGACGGUCGAGGUCUAUACAAAAUCCAUAUCCUAGGGAACAGCGUGGAGCAGAGCACCCUCGCAGCACGCCUCUCAUUGAUCCUCGGGAUUCCACAUAUCUCCCUGGACCAGCUGUUCUGGGAGCCCAAUUGGAAAGCAGCUUCGGAGGAUGAGUUUCGCGCAAAGAUAAGAGCCGCGAUGGAGCAGAGUCCCAAUGGGUGGAUCAUCGACGGGAACUACCAGCGGCACGGAGCGACGGUAGCCCAGGAGCAGGCGACAGAUGUUAUAUGGCUCGAUCCUCCUCUCAUGCUGUACUUUCCCCGAAUAUUGGUUCGUACGCUCCUCCGUCUCACCGGCGUUCUUCCGCCAUGCAGUCCCGGGUGCCCAGAGUCACUGAAGGGGGUGUUCUUCAACCGGGACAGUAUUCUCUUGCGGUGUCUAACUCAGCACAGGGUGAAUAGGCAAAGGGGGGAAAGUCGCAUGAAGGAGAUCGGUGUUGGAGUUGGAAGCCAACUCGAGAACCGAAAGAUGCGUAGACUUGGUGGGUGGGGAAACGAUCUCGAAACAUGGGUUAAGAGUAUCAAGGAUAUGGUUCAAGAAAAGUAG